GUGAGCAAAGCAAAGGCCAGCAGAGCCUACCACGGGACGGUGCACGACGAGGGCGAAGGUGUCAUCUGGAUUAGCAGGUUGGCUUGCAAAGGUCACGAAAACCACAUAAAUGAUUGCAGGGGUUCGGUGUGGGGGGAGCAUAGGUGCAGCCACAAACAGGAUGCUGGCGUCAUCUGCCUACCAAAAGCCAGCACAACAAUAACAACAACAGCACCGACAAAAGCAAAAAUAGACUUUGGAGCUUCAUCUUCAACGAGAACAACAUUGUCAUCAUCAUUGGCAACAACAGACAAACCGACCACAUUCACAUAUCAAACCUGUGGUAAGCGUCACAUACAUCCAACCAUGCACAAAAUCAUCGGUGGCCAGUCAUCGACGUACGGUUCUCACCCAUGGAUGGCCCGCGUCAUGGUGCUGGUCAGGGACAGGGCCUACCAUCUUUGUGGGGGCACCAUCAUUGCAGAUAGAUGGAUUCUCACUGCUGCACAUUGCUUUGCGUUCGAGAAGAAUAACAUAAUAGUGAAGGUUGGUGACCACAACCUGGUGACCAGAGACGACCACGAGCAAGUCUUCGUCGUCGACAAGAUAUUCAUACAUGAAACUGCGUCUUCCACAAAACCAUCUAAAACCGAUCAAAAGAGCACAAAAACUCUGAAAAAACCAGAAACAACGAAACUUCGUCCCUUCAUCCAGUUCAACCACUACGUGCAACCAGCCUGCCUCCCGUCAGCAUCAACAACCUACGAAGCCGGCAUGAAGUGUGAGGUCACUGGAUGGGGACUCAUUGACGAAGAUUCUCUGACGCCUCCAAACUCGCUACACUCUGCCAUCCUGCCGAUAAUAAACGAGACAGAGUGCAAGAGACUCUACAAAGAUCUUUUCAAGCUGUUCGUCACGGAGGACUCCUUCUGCGCAGGCUACGCCACGGGAGAGGUGGACACGUGCAGUGGAGACAGUGGCGGUCCACUCAUCUGCAACAUCGAUGGCGUGCACACAUUGAUGGGAGUGACCUCCAGAGGCAAUGGAUGCGCCAAUAAAAACUCACCUGGAAUUUAUGCCAAGGUCGCUAAUUUUAUUAGCUGGAUUGAAGAAACAAUAUCCAAAUACGAUCAUUUUUGAUUUUUGUUUACUGAAAAAAUGAAUUUCGAAAUUGCUUGAAGUUUGCUAGAAAUUUGAACUUUGUGUACAUAGGCGUGAUUGGUUUUAUCUAUUUUAUUUUGUUCUUAGUUAUAAAAAAUGCCAAACAAG